AAGGGAAAAUCAAGAAAGAAAAAAAAUGAGCAAGCCGCAUAUUGUAGCUAUUCCUUAUCCUGCACAAGGGCAUGUAAUUCCCUUGAUGGAGUUUUCACAAUGCUUAGUUAAUCAUGGUUUCAAAGUCACAUUUGUGAACACAGAGCAUAAUCACAAGCGAGUCAUGAAUGCCUUGGCUGAUGAAAGUCAUAUAAGUAGGAAUCAGCUCCAUCUUGCUUCACUUCCAGAUGGCUUAGAACCCUGGGAGGACAGGAGUGAACUAGGGCAGUUAACUGAAGCAUUAAAAUGGAUCAUGCCUGGGAAGUUGGAGGAGCUCAUAGAAAAUAUCAACCAAGGGGAAGGUGACAAAGUCACUUGUGUCAUUGCUGAUGAGAAUUGUGGCUGGGCCCUGGAAGUAGCAGAGAAAAUGAAACUCAAGCGGGUUGCCUUUUGGCCUGCAUCAGCUGCAGCGUUGACGUUGAUUUUCGGUAUCCCAAAGUUAAUUCGUGAAGAAAUCAUUGACAAUGAUGGAACUGUAUUGAAAAGCCAGAAUGUUGACUUGGGACCAAACAUGCCCACCAUGAACACUAAAGACUUUGUGUGGGCAUGCAUAGGUGACUUUACCACUCAGAAAAUGAUAUUUGAGGUAAUGUUAAGAAUCAACAGGACUCUGAAACUGGUAGAAAGGCUUGUUUGCAACUCAACAUAUGACUUUGAGCCAGAAGCAUUCACCUCGGCCCCUGAAAUUUUACCAAUAGGCCCACUCUUGGCAAGCAACCGGGUCGGAAAUUCAGCAGGCUCCUUUUGGCCACAAGACUCAACUUGCUUGCAGUGGCUGGAUCAACAGCCACUCAACUCAGUCAUCUAUGUUGCAUUUGGCAGCUUCACAGUUUUUGAUCAAACCCAAUUCCAAGAACUGGCUCUGGCUCUUGAGCUAUCCCAAAGGCCAUUCCUCUGGGUUGUAAGGCCAGAUACUACUGACAAGACAUCUGAUCCAUACCCAGAAAGAUAUCAAGAGCGUGUAGCCUCUCGCGGUCUGAUGGUGGGUUGGGCAUCUCAGCAAAAGGUUCUAGCUCAUCCUUCUAUUGCUUGCUUCUUAAGCCACUGUGGUUGGAACUCUACAAUAGAAGGUUUAACCAAUGGGGUUCCUUUCUUGUGCUGGCCAUACUUUGCUGAUCAGUUCAUUAAUGAGAGCUACAUUUCUGAUGUUUGGAAGGUGGGGUUGAAGUUCAGUAAGAAUGAAAAAGGGAUCAUAACUCAAGGAGAAAUCAAGAACAAGUUGGAGCAACUGCUUGGUGAUGAAAAUUUCAAAGCAAGAGCUUCCAAACUCAAGGAAUUGGCCAUGACCAGUGUCAAAGAAGGGGGCCAAUCCAACAAGACCUUUAAGAAUUUUAUUGAAUGGAUCAAAUCGUAA